GGACGAACAGUUGAGUAGCGAGGAGCAAAAAUGGUCCAUAAAUUAGUACUGCUGACCUUGCUGGUCACGGCCGCAGCGGCCUUCCCUGAGCGGAAACCGGUCAAGAUCGCCCCGAUCAUAGAGAAGAUGCUGAAGGCGUACCCCAUCCCGGAAGUUCCCGAGGACUACGAUCUCGCCAAUUCGCGAUCGGUUCGUAACUUGUUCCGCACUCGGGUCGACCACUUCAACCCGCAGAACCGGGAUACUUUCGAGUUCGAGUACUACUCGAAUGAUGAGUUUUACCGUCCCGGAGGACCGAUCUUCAUCUUUGUCGGCGGAAACUGGGGUGUGAUUCCGUACUUUAUCGAGCAAGGACAUUUCCGAGACAUCGCAUACAUGGAGGGCGCAUGGAUGUUCACCAACGAGCACCGCUACUACGGAACUAGCUUCCCGGUGGAGGAUUUAUCGACGCCCAACCUUCGCUUCUUGACCGUCGAACAGGCUAUGGUUGAUCUUGCUGAGCUGAUCUACCACCUCCGUCACAACGUGGUUCGUGACGACAAUGCUCGGGUUAUUUUGCUGGGCAUGGGUUAUGGUGGCGCCAUUGCAACCUGGAUGCGUCAACGGUAUCCUCAUCUGGUCGAUGGAUCGUGGGUGUCCAGUGGACAGGUCGAGGCGCGAUUCAACUUUAAGGAAUAUGCCGUUGAGAUUGGAGAAUUGAUCCGCGAUCAUGGAGAUGACGAAUGUUACAGCCGCAUCUGGCGUGCGUUCCGAACUGCUGAAGCCCUGAUGGAUGCCGGUCGUACCGAAAUUGUCACUGACAUGUUCAGAACUUGCGACGCGGUCGAUGAAGAGAACAUGCUUGAUGUGGAAACAUUUUUCUACAAUGUUAAAGAAGUUAUCCAGGCUGAAAUCUUGCUCUACCAGAACGUUGAAAGUACUACUAGGCUCUGCGAGACCCUCAACGACAGCGAUGAAUCUACCGACCUUCAAACGUUAGCUAGCUGGGUGAAUGCGACCUUCUCUUACUUUGAAUGCUUACCAUUCGACUUUGAGUCGACCGUUGAGGCUCACAGCGUUUUGGAUAUCGAUUCGAUCGAAAACAGAUACCUGGGACUGCGUCAGCGAGUCUAUCAGUUCUGUACGGAGUUUGGAUGGUUCCUGACCGCAGAUUCGGACGACCAACCUUUUGGCUACCGCGUGACCAUGUACUUCUUCCUGAACUUCUGCAAGGCCACCUACGGAGACUGGGUUACCGCUGAGGUAGUUGCCGACGGAGUUCACCUGACCAACAUGCACUUUGGAGGGCAAGAUCCACGUAUCGCUAACGUACUGUUCAUCAACGGAGGUCUUGAUCCGGUUCGGGACAUCUCGAUCACCGAGUACCAUGCUCCGCGGGCUAGUGCUAUCGUUAUUCCGGACUACUUUGGCAGUGCCGAUAUUAACUCGAUCAGUGGAUUCAACUCGCCGGAAAUGUUGGAGGCAAAGCACCAAAUUCAUGAACAUAUCAUUAGCUGGCUCUACGAGCCGGUUCUUCCCAUUGUAGACAAUGAAUAAAACUUUCCCAAUGAAAAUUGA